CUGGAACUCACGUCUUCCUUGACGCAUGCGCGGCCAGGAGGGAGUUCCGUUUCCGACCAGCUGAACUUCGUUCCUGCGGUUUCUUGAGCUUGCUGGUUAGCCGCUGAGACAAGAUGCUGCGGAACCUGCUGGCCCUUCGUCGGGUUACGCAAAGGACCUUUAGCACCGCUUCCCGCAGGCAUUUUGAAAAUAAAGUUCCGGAGAAACAAAAGGUCUUUCAGGAGGAUAAUGGACUCCCGGUGCAUCUGAAGGGUGGGGUAACAGAUGCUCUCCUGUAUAGAGCCACCAUGUUUCUCACACUUGGUGGAACAGUGUAUGCCUUAUACCUGUUGACUCUGGCUUCAUUUCCCAAAAAGCAGGAUUGACUUCAGUUGUCCCAGCCAUCAUUUGGGCUUCAGCUUCAUUCAGCUCUCUGUGGACCAAUAAGCUUUUGGGAUCAAUAUUUAUUUCCUUGUAAUAAGUGCCACCAAUAAAACAAUCUUUACCAUG